AUGACCAACCCCCAACGAAACAUACCACUGGCUUUGUUUGGAGGAAUUGCCGUUGUGACAGUUCUCAGCCUACUGGUAAACGUGGCCUACUUUGUGGUUCUCGGACCUGCCACAGUGGCCAAUUCUGAAGCCAUCGCUGUCUCCUUCGCAACUGCAACCUGGGGCACUGCAGGAGCCAUUCUUAUAGCCCUUGCCGUGACCAUCAGCACCUUCGGAUCAAUGACAGCUGGAUUCUUCAGCGGCGCUAGGGCCAUGCUGGCGAUGGCAAGGAACGGUCAUCUGCCUGCCAUCUUUGGUUGCAUCAACGUGAGAUCUUCAGUUCCGCUGACUUCGCUGUUGCUGCGUUGUUUUUUGGCUCUGGUGUACGCUUUCACCGGCUCCGUCGAUUCCCUGGUCCCCAAUAUGAUGUUCGUGUUCUGCAUUAUUAACGCACUCAUAGUUUCGUCCUUUUUCGUGCUUCGAGUGACCAUGAAGAACGAGCCGAGACCCUUUAGGGUUCCCACAAUAUUUCCGGUGUUGUGGCUUGUCUUUCUCGUGUUCUUGUCGGUCAGCUCCAUAGUGUGGUCGGUCGAGCACAUGCAGCACGGUAUCAUGGUCGCACUGUUUGUCUCAGGAGCGAUUUAUUACACCCUGUUCGCUCACUUCAAGUUGCGUUUACCGGCCGCUGAGGUUGUCACCUGCUUUGUUCAAAAGUUGCUGUUGUCUGCGCCUUGUUUUAGUGACACCGAAAUCGUGGUGAAGCGAAAAGUGAAUGGUCGCGCAAAGAUACCUAGUGUUGUCGUAGAGACGAACUAUUAA